AUGGGAAAUUUUGGUUCCAAAAAAAAUUCACAAACCCGAUCUAAAAUUAAUAACAUACAAUAUAAAUAUAUUAACGGAAGAAAAUAUUAUGAUGAAGAAAUUGCUAAUGAUCUAACACCGAUUGAUAUUGAAGAAAUUGAUAGAGCACAAUCAGAACAUUAUACUUUUAAACAUAUGUUUGGUGGUAACAUUUCAGCUCCAGUCGAAGAAUAUCUUUCGUCGGGUUGCAAAGUUCUUGAUGUUGGAUGUGGUAGUGGAAUUUGGAUUUUAGAAUUGGCGACCGAAAAUCCAAAAUCUCAUUUCUUCGGUGUUGAUUUGUCUCCAAUAUUUCCUGAUCAAAUAAAACCUGCCAAUACAACUUUCAUACAAACUAAUAUUCUUCAUGGACUUCCUUUCGAGGAUAAUGAAUUUGAUUAUGUACAUAUAGGUCAUAUGUGCCUCGCUCUCACAGAAGAACAAUGGCAAAAUAUAAUUCCGGAAUUAAUUAGAGUAACGAAACCUUCUUGUUAUAUCGAAUUUUCGGAAACUGAUAUAAUAUGUUCAUCAGCAGGACCAAUUUAUACCAAAAUAAUAGAUUCAUUAAAACAAUACAUUACUUCAUCAGGAUUAAAUCCGAAAGGGGCAAAAUUAAUUUCAAAUUGGAUUAAAAAACAUUCACCGAAUCAAUUAAUAAAUAUUAAUGAAGUAAUAAAAAAACAACCAUUAGGAUUAUGGGGAGGUGAAUUGGGUAAAUUAAAUUCUGAAAAUUUUUUAGAAUUUUUUAAGAUGAUGGCUCCUAGACUUUGUAAAUAUUUGAAUAUUACACAAGAUGAAUAUUUAAAGUUAUUAAAUAAUUGUAAAGAUUAUGAAUGGGAUCAAUAUAAACCUAGAAUGAACUAUAUUAGAGUUUGGGCUAUGAAAGUUGGUAAUGGAAAUGAAAUACAUAAUUAA